CGAGAUUGAAAAGCGGAAAAUGCUGAACUUGAAUGCUGACAAAGAUCAGUGUAGCAGUUGCAUAACUGGCAUCAACUGUUGUCUGACGUCUGAACCAUGUCUUAAUAACGGAGUUUGCAUACCGUCGUUCACAAACAACACGCGUUUCACCUGCAAGUGUAUUGACGGUUACACAGGUCAUCGCUGCAAUACGAAACUGGCGCCCACGCCCCCGCAGAAACCAAAGUCGUGCCAUGCCUUCCUCAACGUAAACCAGGGGGCUGGGCUGUACAAGAUAUUUGACAACGACGAUAAGGAAUACACGGUGCGAUGCUCUUUCGAUUCUAAUAUGGCCUGGACAGUAGUUCAGUCUUAUGAAUAUUCUCAAAGAGGUGGGUUUCGUAAACCAAUAUAUGAAGACGAUGCUAAGAAUGAAGAUAUUCCAUCGUGGAAAUACUACAGAUUAUCCAAGCCAAGAAUGGAGAGCAUCCAUCAGGACUCAAAUCCGAAGUGGCGUUUAACGUGUAAUUUUAACACGGAUGGUUUUGUCGCUACUGAUUACGUCAUAGCAACUCAUGCAGAUGUUCCUCUUCUACCCUCCAACAGUGUACAUGAUGGAUGUAAAAUUGUUGAAUCUGUUAAUAUUCGUGGAAAGUCAUGCAGCAAUUGUAAAGUAGUUGUUAGACACAAGCAAAGCUGGGGGAUACAUUUAGAUUCAUAUGAUUCAUACCGUGUCUGUUUCAACGAAUUUCCGGGAAGUAGAAUUUGUGGAGAAGACAACUUUGGAUAUUACUUGUGUAGAAAUACCGAACACCGUUGUUCUUCAACUGAAGGAUCAACAACACAGUUAUGGUUCGGUGGUGCAUAAAUUUACUUUCUUUCAACUCGCUUACUUGACGAAUUCUGUUUCCGCAAUGUAAUGAUCAGUUUAGACAUAGCGACCGCUAUAUAUACUUUCUUUCAACUCGCUUACUUGACGAAUUCUGUUUGUGCAAUAAGCGCGCAAUUUAAUGAUCUCUUAAGACAUAGCGACCGCUAUAUUUAUCAAAAACGAAGCCAGGACUAACGAAUUUACGAAUUGUAAAGAAUUCAUAACAUGCGAACGAACUUUCUGAGUAACUAUGCACUUUAAUACUAAGGGCUUUAGUUGCAUGGCAUGUCAGGCGUCAAAGGCUACGACCGUUAGGUAAUAUUUUCCUCUGUUUCUGAUCUCCAAAUAGGUAUAGAGUCGCUUUGUGUGUUUGUAUACCGUCGGCGCGAAGCCUUGAGAAACUAGUUCUAUUCAUUAAAGAACGAUUGUAUAU